AUGCAGCGUGCUCGGCGCGUCCGGGCACGCUGUGGCUGCGGCUGCGCGCUCAACCUCGUGCUGUUCUUGGCGGUCACCGCCAGCUUCGCGGGCGCGGCGUACCGCGCGCGCCACCGCCCGCGCGACCUCGUGUUCGUCGCCACCACCUACUACCUCCUCGCGCUGCUCCUGUGCUGCGUCGCCAAGAUCGAGCUCCUACGGGACGACACGGCGGCCGGGGACGCCCAGCGCCGGAGGGCCAGGCUCGCCGCGUGGGCCGUCUCCGCGCUGGCCGUGUGGGGCGUCACCGCCGUGUUCCUCGGCCUGGGGCUCUACUUUCUUCUCUGCUGCAACGACGCGGACCGCGGUGGUGCCGAGCCCCGGCGUGGCCAGAUGGACUCCGGCAGCCGGCCAGUGAAGGCCUCGCGCGAGCUGUCCCCGGAGGAGACGGCCUGA